GGAGCGAAAUCAAGAAUCAAAUCUAUUUAGAUUUAUUAUGACACUUAGCCGUUAUUGGAAAUUAUUUUGGAAUUUUCUGAAUCGAUUCCAAUUACAACUGAAAAUGAAUCUUCAUGAGCUUGCAGAAAAAGCUGAAAAGGAUAUAUGA